AUGGCGUCGAAGAUUCGACUCGGUGGAUCUGAAUCUCAACCGAGAACGACCGACGACUGCGCCUCCUGUCGCGCCUUCAUGCGCGCGAUCGAGCGAAAGAUCGCGGAGGGGAAGUUUCAAGGCGACGUCGCGCGCGCGAUCGCUCGGGCGUGCGAAGAGGCGACGGGGGGGUCGGAGAGUCAGAUGGGGGUCUGCGUCGCCGCGGGCGAAGCCGGAUUGCGAUUCGCGACGCGCUGGAUCGAGAAUCACCCCGAAUUGGAGGAACAAGCGUGUGAUGCGCUGGAUAUGUGUGAGGGAAGCAUACGUACGCGGUCGUUGGCGAUCGAGGGCGUCGAGCGUGCGGGGAUGGUGGACGAGGUGCGUCGAAGAGCGCGCGGCGACGUCGCCGACGACUCGACGUGCGCCGACUGCGUCAUGGCCACGGAACUGUUGGCGAACGAGAUAAAGUCGAACUCGACGAUAAAUUUCGUCGAGGGCGAGGUCGACGCUCUGUGUGCCGCGCUCGGACCGGAGUUGGCGCAUCAGUGCGACGCGGUUUUGGAGCCGUACGUUCCGGCGCUCCUGAACGUGCUCGCCGAAAAGCUCAGAGACGCGUGCGCGAAGAUCGGCGCGUGUCCCAAGCUCGAUCGUUGA